AUGGCAGGCGUGCCUGCGUGCGAGUCAACCAAUCUCGCUUCGGCUCGGCUCCAUCACUCGGAGCUCAUCCCCAUCGCAUCGUCGUCAGCCUCACUUUUUCUUCUUCCUCUCGUGGCCAGAUGCAAACAGUCCGGCUCACCACGGCAAGCAACCAAGCGGGAAACAGGGCGCCCGCACGUUGUUCUGCACUGCACAUCCUCAUCAGCUACCAACUGGGACGCCGUCUCCAUGCCAGGUGCUGACUCCAUUCCCCAACUCAAUACCAAACCAUGCCAUCACUACAAAAAGUCAAUCGCCACAACCACAGCAACCAUUGCAGUGCAUUGGAUACCCCGGCCAAUCACCCAUCACUCGUGUUAAACACUCCGCCUCCGCCCGUUUUUAGCUGCGAAACCUAGACUGCCCCAUCCCCAUGGCCUCUCUAUUGUCCUUCAGAUCCUGUAUAAUAACCAUGCCGCACCUCCGUUCCAUUCAUGCACUGCCUGACUGAUAUGGGCCUUCUUCCCUUCUGGAGUCAUCCUGUAUCCGAUCGUCGUCGGACCAUCGAUGAGUACGACUUACCUUAGUCAGAGAGACAUUACGCCAUCGUGGACGGCAAAUACUUGAUGAAUCAUUCGCCAGCAGAGAAUGACUCGCCACAACAAAACUUGUGGACCGACAGCAUUCAUCAAGAGGCGACUUGCAGCAGCAAAAGCAAAUGCUCCAAGAAAGGUGAAGAGUAGAGCCCCCACGUCUCUCGUA